AUAUUUAAGUCUAUAUUCAACCUUCUAAUUAACCUUAAAAUUGGAGUUCAUUCCCAUGCUUGAAGAGCUUCUAAAGCACUUUGAACAUUUAGGUACUUAGGUAGAUUAUAGACCAUCUUGUUUAGGUGCUAGGCAAUUCAUCGUCUAACACUAGUACCCCGCACUUCUCUCUCCUCACCCCACCUUAUUCUUCAAACUUCAGUUCCGGAGCACUUACCUUAGUUUUAUUCCCGAUAUACGAGACUGAUUUGAGCCUCUAUCUCGCAGUAUCAUGAUGAUAACAUAAUAUCAGACUCAUCAUAAUGUUGAUGCCGAUUAAAAGUUAUUGCGGACACAAUACGUGGCCCCGGCCUCCUACUGGUGAAUAGAAGCCUAUAACAUGUAGCCAAUUUGAAGUGUUGGUUGUCGUAUAUGGUAUGGUGUAAUCCUAUGGUGGUAUAUCUGGGAAGAUUAGAGAAACCGUAAGAUUUACAUUCUGUCGUUAAAUAUAUCUAGAAGAGUGUUCGCACGACGGGUUAAGAUAAAGGCAGUAGUAACGGUGAGUUUCUUCGUGAGUUUGUUGCUGCCCUCUUUGUCAGGUCGUUAGCCAUGGGUAUAUCAUCACUCGUCAUCAGCAUAGGGAUUGGCCUUGCUGCCACGUACAUCUUGAUAAGACUCUUCAGCUCAUUCAAUGCCCAUCGUCUUCCUCUUCCACCAGGGCCUAGGAGCCUUCCUUUUGUUGGGAACUUGAAUGAUCUGCCUAAGCCAGGCGUGUUAGAAGCCCAUCAUUGGUUAGAGCACAAAAGGCUAUACGGCCCUAUAAGCUCUGUAACUAUGAUGGGUCAAACGAUAGUAAUCGUUAACGAUGCGCAGCUAGCAUUUGAGCUACUGGAGAAGCGAUCGGCAAAAUAUUCGUCGAGGCCGAGGCAAGUUUUCGUUGGUGAAAUGAUGGGGUGGGAAAAUUCCCUUGGGUUGUCCCCCUAUAACAAUCGGUUUCGGUCAUAUCGCAAGAAGAUGACCCGCGUCUUGAGUACGAAGACCGGUGCAGCGCAAUUCGACCGGCUUCAAGGAGCUGAGGUGGGACAUUUCCUACUCCAUCUCUUGGAUAAUCCAGGGGGUUUCGUACAACACAUAAGAAGACAGGCUGGUGCGACCAUAUUGAAAAUAGCAUACGGCUAUACCGCAGAGUCGCAUCAGAAUGACCCCUUGGUCGACAUGGCUAGCGAUGCGAUGGAUAAAUUCUCUCGGGCUGCGGUUCCUGGAGCUUUCUUAGUAGAUGUCGCCCCUUUUUUGAGACGACUUCCUGACUGGGUACCGGGAACAGGCUUCAAGAACCUGGCGCGUCAAUGGGGAGCCGAGCUUAAUGAUGUAGUAGAAAAACCGUAUGCCUUUGUUAAACAUCAAAUGGCACACGGGAAAAACGAAACAUCAUUUCUAUCGCAGUUGUUGGAAGCUAGUGAUUCGGACUCUGAGGAAGAGUUCGCCAACAAGUGGUCGGCCAUGUCCCUAUAUACCGCAGGAGCAGACACGACCGUAUCGGCAAUGGCAUGUUUCUUCCUAGCCAUGACGGUUUAUCCCGAGGUCCAACGAAAAGCGCAGGAGGAAAUCGACCGUAUAGUGGGGCAGGAUAGACUUCCUAGCAUAGCGGAUCGUAGAAACCUACCAUACAUCGAGGCGGUAGUGAAGGAAGUCCUACGUUGGCAUCCUGUCGCACCAAUGGCUCUUCCUCAUACGAGUACUGAAGACGACAUCUGCGAAGGGUAUUUCAUUCCGAAAGACUCAAUGGUAUUUGCAAAUGUGUGGCAUUUCACACACGAUUCGAACGUCUACCACGAUCCUAUGUCCUUUAAGCCCGAACGUUUCUUAGCGACAGAUGGACGUGAGCCGGAGCCGGAUCCGCAUGCGUUUGUGUUUGGCUUCGGACGUCGCAUUUGUCCGGGGCGCUACUUAGCAGAUAACGCCUUAUUCCUCAACAUCUCGCAGUCACUAGCCACGUUUAAUAUUAGCAAGUACUUGGAAGACGGGAAGGAGGUUGCGCCUACUGUAAAGUUUGAACCUGGCAUCAUCAGUCAUCCUGCACCGUUCAAGAACAAUAUUAAACCGAGGUCUUCUCGUCAUGAGACGCUGAUUAGGUCGAUCGAGAAGAAAUUUCCUUGGAAGGAGAGCGAUAGCAAAAUCUUGAAGGUCAUGGUCUAGCAGGGUCGGCUGCUAGCUACUUGGCGCUAUAGAGAUUGAAUGGAAUAUUGAAAUGGCUUUGCCUAGGUCUAUCAUUAGAAAAACCAUGACUCUUCAAUGACCCUUGUAUGCGGCGCUCAGCUCGUAGAAGUGAUCCAUUUGAACAUGGUUGAGGACCCGCAUUACCUUUGCUGAUGCCAGCAAUAUAGGCUUGAAAACCUCACAUCUCGGGUUCUUGUUCGGGGCCGAUGAUUAAAGGCCAUUCACAAAACCCCGACAAACC